GGCCUUCGUCUGUGGGCGGUGAUGUGACUCCCGUUUUGGUGGUGCCGGGCUCCAUUUCGAAGUCCGCACGACCGUCGCCUCUCGUCGUCAUCUGCCAGAAUGUCGUCGGUCAACCCGGUCAAUCCAAAGCCAUUCAUGCAGGAGCUGACGGGGAAACCGGUGUUUGUCAGACUAAAAUGGGGACUCGAAUACAAGGGUUUCCUCGUAAGCACGGAUGGCUAUAUGAACCUCCAGUUGGCGAAUACAGAGGAAUUCCAAGACGGCCAAUCCACAGGGAGCCUUGGGGAGGUUUUCAUACGUUGUAACAAUGUUCUCUAUAUAAGGGAAGCACCAUCGGAGUGAUUGUCGUGUAUCGUAGUUGCAUUACUGGCCUUCGCGUAGUCGUGUUGUUACAUAAUCAAGUGACCAUUGUCGUCCAUACAAGGAAACAACGCUUCCCGCUU